AUGAUCGCUGGCAGAAAGAGAGGGAGAGAUGAGGUCGACGACGCGUUGUUGGAAGAAGUUACUGCUGCAAUUCAGAGCGUGGCAGCAGAAACCGAGGACAUUGUGGGUAGCGUGGGGAAGGUGAAUGGAGCGGUGUUGGCGUCUCUGUUGGAGAGAUUCCGGCAAAUGGAAGUGGCGCUGAACGCCUCUGGCGGUUCCACUGUGCAGCUGUGGAAAUUAAUUGUGCAGAGUCAGCGGAACAGAGUUGCCGACGCAUUGAACCACAUCGCUGUCGCUGAUGAUGCGCGUCGAAAGGGUCAUCUCAUAGCAGCGCUUCAAGAACAGCUACUAAGCUCUGCUUCCUUGGCUGCGGAGGGGGUGUCAAGUGGUCUCUGCAGGGCCCAUGAGACAGCAGUUGCGUUGUUUUCAUCACAACUAGCCGGAGAACGGGAAACAAACAAUAAACUUAUUUUGCAUGUGCAAGAGCUUCUUCGACAUUCACUUGAGGCCAUUCAGGUGUCCUCUCGUCGGGCAAUGAAAGCGGAACUUUUAUCAUUCAAAAGGGACAUUUUAGUCGCUCGCCUCCAAAGUUCUCUUUCUUUCUAUCAAAAUGCCUCGCUGCGUCAACAUGAAGAGGUCAUGGCGCUCAUCAAGAUUGUUCGCAUCCUUGCCUCAAAGGGCAAAGAUGCUGAUCUUGCCGAAACAAAGUUGCGUCAGGCCAAGACACAUGUGAAGCUCCUUGAGAAUCACUUGGAACUUGCGGGGAUUGUUGAGGCUAUUUUGCCACCCAAAUUUGUUCCCCCUCGCCAAGGCACAGAACCUCCUAAUGAGGAUUUAAAACGCACCGCACCGGAGUAUUUUGCUCUUCGACUCUUAGAGCAUAAAGAUAUGACACUCUCAGAGUUGGUGGACUCAUGGCAGAAGCAGGAGGCACGUAUCAUGGCUGCCGAAGAGAAAUAUAGGGAGUUGGAGUUGUCACUGGAGUCUCUACGGCGGGAAUCUCUGACAGUGCAUCAGGGGUUUCUUGAAGAAAAAAGACGGCGCGAAGUGGUGGAACAGCGAUUGGUUGAUCUUGUUCGUGAGCGGAUUCGUCCAAGCAGUAACGAUGCUCUAGUGCAGCAACUUACGCUGCUUCGGGCGGACCAUACAAAGGCACUUGAUGACUUGGCUCAGAUGGCAACAUUGGUUAACGUUACUCGGGAAAGGUUAUUUGCGGAACAGCAACGAAACGCGUUACUAGAGAAGAAGCUGCAGCAAAUGCAAGAUGACUCCGCGAACGAUGAGGUGGCGAACACCUUGGCUUCGCUGCGUCAUUAUUACGAAGAAGAACUUGAUCGGUUUCGAAAUGGUCUGGUGGACGCAGACACAAGGAGUGCGGUGGCGGCGGCGUCAUCAGAGAUUCAGCAGAAGGCAUCGAAAAAUGCAAGCAAUGCCUUGAUGGUGACAGAGCAGACUUUAAUGGAUAUGUCUGCUGCUCUAAACCGUGUAGAAAAGCAGCUGUUAAUCGACCAAGAAGCGUGCGGUUUUUCUUCCUCGGAGCGUAUUGCAGAAAGUGCGGUAAAGGUACUGGCGGAAAGCGAGGUGCAUUUGAAUAGGACAAUCCCAACCUUUAAAAGGAUGAUCGAAGAGUCAGAGAUUCGGCAAGAGAAAGAUAUGGCGUUUUUUGAACGGCAGGUGAAGCAGUUACUGGAGUCUUUACAAUCACUUCUUCCUACGGUUUCACACAGUGAGGUUACAACUGGUGCUGAAAUUAUGAUGGUGCAGCAACAACAAGAGGUCCAAUCGAUGAUGCGAGAGGCAUUGGUUCACGCCCUGCAGUUUGUUUCUGAUAAUUUGGUCACAAAUGAGAUCAGUAAGACGAGACUUCUGGACACUUCCAUCUCGGAUGCACGUCGGAUCAGCCUGUUGUUUGAGAAGGUGCAAAAACUCACAGUGGAUCGUGAUGCGGCACUGGAGCGACUGGCGCGGUGUGAGCGAAUUAUUGAUCAGCACAGCUUAACUGCCGUGGAAAGAGUUUUAAUGCACGAAGUCCCGGUUGAAGAAUCGCUUGAUGCCAUGGAGGCAGCUGAACAGAUUACCACAUUGCGCAAAGAGGUGUCUUCACUUGGUGCAGCUCGAACAGCUGCGCUCGCUGAAUUGAAGGAAUUACGCAAAGAAUUAAAGGAGAACAACCAUGAGAGGGAAUUCGCAGUGGCGCGAUUUGAAUUGCUUGAACAUCACAACAGUCGUCUCAUUAAAUCCAUUGAAGAAUGUUUGGCGCGCGAGGUGGUCCUCAUUGAACAGGUGCACCAACUACAGCGGAAUCUGCAAGAAGGGAAAAAAAUGGAGCUACCGGUCUUACCAACGGGUGAUUCUAAUGAAACGACGGAAAUGGAGAGGUUUAUGCCGUUGAUGCAACAACUAGAACAACUUACGGGUGGAAUUAACGAGAUGAAGGAGCAGCUGUCGCAGGUACAAAGAGUCAUCUUUUCUUCACCCGCCGCUGAGGGUGACGUGACGGAAAAGCAGCUCCUGUGCAAUGGUGUGCGACAGGUGGCUGACGCACUACGUGAGGCACUCCAGCAUGCGGAGAUAUUCCGUCACGCCCUUCCAUUGGAAGUCACAAAAGAUGCAGCUUUAUCAAUUGUUGGAUCCUCUGCCGAAACGAUGUCAAACAAUGACGGGCAUGAAAAAGCGGAGACAAUUUCAGAGCUGGGGCGAAGCGUUGCAGACGCGCCAGAAAUGGAUGAGCGUGACGAGGAGUUGGUCCGGCUCCGCAGCAAGGUUGAGACCCAUGAGCAAAUUGAACAAGCACUGAGGAAGCAUGAGAGGGACCUUCAGGAGCAGAAUGAGGGUCUUCAGGCGAAGAUUUUUAGGCUUCUGCAAAUUAAUAGGCAGCUCUUGGAGGAGUUAAAGACCACUCGCGCUUCUUCUACUACCAGCGCUAACAAAGCACCACAAGGUUAA